AUGAGCUCUUCUCAGACAGACUGGAAUUCCAACGAUGAAUUCUUCAAAUUCACGCGUGGCCACUUUAUUGUAGAUGAAGCAGAGAAUCUUCGAAAGCGAGAGAUCAGAUUCGACCUAAACAAGCUCGCAAGUGUAGCGGCAGACUCGGUCGGCGCCACUCAAUGCAUUUCUAUCAAGAAGUACCCCGGCGGCAUGUUCAACAAAGCAUUCCUCAUGUCUAUGGACGAUGGCCAAGAAGUCAUAGCCAAGGUACCUAACCCGAAUGCUGGCGUUCCACACUUUACUACGGCCAGUGAAGUCGCCACGAUGGACUUCGCCAGAAAAGUUCUUGACACACCAGCGCCUCGCGUGCACUUAUGGAACUCGCGAGCAGAAUCGCACCCUGUUGGGGCUGAAUUCAUCAUCAUGGAUAAAAAGCUUCAAGUGCUUCUUGCCAUGACACGUCUCCAGAAGCAAUGGCUAAGCGUUCCAUUCUCACAUUACGGCAGCUUGUACUACACAGGAGACGUGCAGCCACUAGUAGGCAACCAAUAUGUCAAGGAUGGCGAGACAGUCAAAGAUUCAGAGUUUGUUAUUGGGCCGACUACAGGCCGGGAUUGGAUUGAUGCAGGCCGAUCAAGUUUGGAAGUCGAAAGAGGGCCAUGGGCUUCUAUAACGCAGUUUCUGCAAGCAGUUGGGACGCGAGAGAUGAAGGCGAACCAGUCUUUGAAGCCUCCGAAACAGAUUGCUUUAUUCUGUGGCCCAAAGCUCUACCGACCAGACAAGGAAAAGAAGAUUACUGCUCUAGCAAGGUACCGACAAAUUGUCGACAUCCUUAUUCCAAAGAACACUGCCCUCACCACCCCUCGCCUCUGGCAUAAUGAUUUGCACGAUGACAACGUCUUCUCUUGCCACAUCUCGCCCCUCUUCAACCACAAUCCCGAUCCAGCCUUCCUCGACUGGAACGGCCUUGAGCCCGAGACUCUCGAUCUGGCACCGCGACCAAAACUCUCCGGACUUUCCCCAGAAGAACGGGCCGCAGCUUUACACGAGUAUAGCAUCCAAAACGUGCUAAUUGGAUGGCGGAAACUCAUGCAUGCCAAAAACCCAGAGCUAUAUCAAGUGGUCGAAUUUCGAAAGACGGCAGCGUACGGGUUGAUAUUUCUUGCUCAUCGAAUGUUCGAGUACGGCGAGACACAUUUCCAAUCGCUUCUGGUCGAUUUGAAGGAUACGUGGGCGGACUUACCUGCCGUCACUAGCGACAUCCCCUUCCCCUUCGAGUUUUCAGAAGCAGAUGUGGAACGUAUCAAACUGGAUAGUCAUGGCGCAGUGGCGGGAACCGACCUUGUUGCGGAGGUCAAAGAGAGAAUUGGUGAUUUGUGGCCGGACAAAGGCUUCGUCGAGCACGAGCGAUACGAUGAUUGCAGAGCCGCGCUUCAGGAAGUCAAAGUUCAAAUAUUGGAGCAAUUGGCUGAAACGGACGAGGAAAAAGCUGAGUACGAGCGCUAUUGGCCAUUUGAUUGA